AUGCGUGAAGCACUGCUAUGUGAAUCGCCGAGCGACGUCGUUUCCCACACGAAGAAGAAGAAGUCGGGGGAGGAGGACCACAAAGGGGACAGAGAAACACCGCAGCUGGUGCUGGCGCCGGCGGCAGUUGCUGGAAUCGGGCGCAGCCGAUCCCAGGCGGCGACGCGCCGAGUGACGCCGACGACUACGACGACGAUAACGACCAUCGCGACCUUUCCCACGACGACGUCGUCUAGCGUCGAGAGGCAUCUGCCGAACGGAGAUCUCUACAUCGGGAGCUUCACUGGGUCGGUCCCAAACGGAUCGGGCAAGUACCUCUGGACCGACGGGUGCAUGUAUGAAGGCGAGUGGCGGCGAGGGAAGGCCUCUGGCAAAGGCAAGUUCUCGUGGCCGUCAGGCGCGACGUACGAGGGCGAGUUCAAGUCGGGUCGGAUGGAGGGGUUCGGGACGUUCAUCGGAUCCGACGGCGACACGUAUCGGGGCUCCUGGUCGUCGGAUCGGAAGCACGGGUUCGGCCAGAAACGGUACGCGAAUGGCGACUUCUACGAGGGCUCUUGGAAACGAAACGUCCAAGACGGGCAAGGACGGUACGUUUGGGGAAACGGGAAUGAGUAUGUAGGGGAGUGGCGAAACGGCGUCAUUUCGGGUCGCGGGGUGUUGAUUUGGGCGAACGGGAACAAAUACGACGGGCAAUGGGAAAACGGCGUUCCGAAAGGUAACGGAAUCUUCACUUGGCCGGACGGGAGCUGCUAUGUGGGUACGUGGAACAAGGACCUGAAGGUUCAUCAGCUCAACGGUACUUUUUAUCCUGCUAAUGGCGGGAAGGAGCAGAGCUUGACCGACAUUGGGGCAUUUGGGGCUGAGAAUCUGACGAUUACGAUGCGAAAACGCUCCGUUUCGUCGGUGGAUGGUGCUAGAGGGAGCUUGGCGGAGAGGACUUUUCCCCGGAUUUGUAUCUGGGAGUCUGAUGGGGAAGCUGGGGAUAUUACUUGUGAUAUUAUCGAUAAUGUGGAGGCUUCGAUGUUCUACAGAAACGGCACAGGUUUCGAUCGAGAUGGGUUUGGCAAGUUCCGGCGAAGUCCCUGUUGUUUUUCUGGCGAGCCCAAGAAGCCUGGCCAGACCAUAUCAAAAGGGCAUAAGAACUACGAUUUGAUGCUCAAUCUUCAACUGGGUAUUAGAUACUCUAUUGGGAAGCAUGCUUCGAUAGUGAGGGAUCUUAAGCCCAGUGAUUUCGAUCCCAAAGAGAAGUUCUGGACCAGGUUUCCACCGGAAGGAUCGAACAAAACGCCGCCCCAUCAGUCGUUUGAGUUUCGGUGGAAGGACUAUUGUCCUAUGGUGUUCAGACAUUUGAGGGAGCUAUUCCAAGUAGAUCCUGCAGAUUAUAUGCUGGCUAUUUGUGGAAAUGAUGCCCUUAGGGAGCUUUCUUCUCCAGGGAAGAGCGGAAGUUUCUUUUACCUGACUCAGGAUGAUAGAUUUAUGAUAAAGACAGUCAAGAAAUCGGAAGUCAAGGUGCUUAUUAGGAUGCUUCAGAGUUAUUACAGACAUGUUUCUCGGUAUGAAAAUUCUCUUGUGACAAAAUUCUAUGGUGUGCAUUGUGUCAAACCUGUAGGCGGCCAGAAGACGAGGUUUAUUGUGAUGGGCAAUUUGUUCUGCUCGGAUUACAGAAUACAUAGACGAUUUGACCUAAAAGGAUCAUCCCAUGGUCGAACAACUGAUAAGCCUGAGGGGGAAAUCGAUGAAAUCACAACUCUCAAGGACUUGGAUCUUAAUUUUGUGUUUCGCCUCCAAGGAAAAUGGUUCCAAGACCUUAUGACGCAAAUUGAUCUAGAUUGUCAAUUUCUGGAAGCAGAGAGAAUCAUGGAUUAUAGUCUUUUGGUUGGUGUUCAUUUUUAUGAUGGCAGCAAUACAUAUGACAAAAUGGGGCUGUCACCAUUUAUUUUGCGAUCUGGCCAAAAAGAUUCAUAUCAGAAUGAAAAGUUUAUGCGUGGGUGUCGAUUUCUUGAAGCGGAGCUACAAGAGAUGGAUCGAGUUUUGUCUGGCCGGAAACCAUUGAUCUGUUUAGGAGCCAAUAUGCCUGCUAGGGCAGAGAGGAUGACUCGAAAGAGUGACUUCGAUCAGUACACCCCUGGUGGGUUCAGUCAUUUGACCCCUUCACGCAGCGGUGAAAUCUACGACGUAGUCCUCUAUUUUGGGAUAAUCGACAUUUUACAAGACUACGAUAUCAGCAAGAAGUUAGAGCAUGCAUAUAAAUCCUUGCAAGCUGACCCAAGUUCGAUCUCAGCUGUUGAUCCAAAGCUUUACUCGAAGAGGUUCAGGGAUUUCAUUGGAAGAAUUUUCAUAGAAGAUAGGUAG